UCGCAUGAAACAUCACAGUUUUUAGAAGUCUUUAGAAGGGUUUUGUUGUUGUUUCAGUGUGUUGUGGUACAGUUUUGCAUGAAUUUGAUGUCUUUAGACGUGUUGGUUGUGUGUUUUAUGUGCAGAAUAUUUAUGUUUAUGUCCUAAUGGCUUCUAGUGUCAUAGCAGCUCUUGAAAACUAGUUCAAAGUAUCCCAUUUGUGUGUGUUUGUGUGUGUGUGUGUGUGUGUGUGUGUGUGUGUGUGUGUGUAUAUGUGUGCCAACAUUUAAACACAUCUCUGAUUGAUGUCCGUGGGUGUUUAAACAGCCUCAGCGCUGAUGUUAGGGCACUCUGUGUUUAACUAAACAUACUGGUAUGUCUGUAUAAAUGAGUGUCGGUGUGUGUGCGUGUUUGUGUGUGUGUGUGUGUGUGUACACUGGCAUUUUGUAAACAGAGAGUGUUUAUUUUGUUUUCUACAUGCUGGGGGGUGCUUAAAGUAUGUGCCAAACAGAAGUGGCUGUCCCCUUUACAACCUCGGCUGUAACAGGCUGCAUCCGAAAACGGAAAAAUGCUGCCUUCGGAGGCUGUAUACGGAGAAGAUUAUUCAUUCUCCACUGAUGUUUUACCACCGCUGCCGGAGGUCCCUGUUGGAGGGGCAGUCAUAAGCCAGUUGGGUGGUCCCAUCAGAAACUCUGCCCGGAGAUACUGCUCCCCGCACAGCAUGGACUCCACGCACUGCAACGACCGACCGGUCAGCUAUGGCUCCACCUCUUCCUCUGCCUCAUCCCGGGACAGCCACUGCUCGCUGGUGGGUCGGCCGGUGAUAGGCUCCACCCCUGAGCGAGAUCGGGAUUCUGGGGCCAUUCGAUUGGAGCUGGUGCCUGCCGGUCAGCUAGACGAGGAGGAGUCAGGAAGACAGACACCGACACCGGCGAAUCAGAGCGAGGGAGAUGUUCAGUCCCCCGAAGGGCGUAAACUCCAGUAUGUGGACCGAGUGGUGCAAGAAAUUCUCGACACAGAAAAAACCUACGUCCAGGACCUUCGCAGUAUAGUUCAGGAUUACCUGGAGUGCAUCAGUAAUCAAUCUCUUCUGCUGUUAGGAGAUGAAGAGAGGAAUUCUUUAUUUGGAAAUAUCCGUGACAUCUACCACUUUAACAGUGAUUUACUUCAUGACCUGGAGAAGUGUAACGCUGACCCAGUUGCCAUAGCGAAGUGUUUCGUAGCCAAGAGUGAAGACUUCCAUAUAUACACACAAUACUGCACAAAUUAUCCAAGGUCCGUCGCUGUCUUAACAGAGUGCAUGCGGAAUAAAGCGGUGGCAAAGUUUCUGCGUGAGCGUCAGGAGAGUUUAAAACACUCCCUUCCUCUCGGCUCAUACCUGCUUAAACCUGUCCAGAGGAUCCUCAAGUAUCAUCUACUACUGCAUGAGAUUGCCACACAUCUGGAGAAGGAGUCAGAGAUGUACGACGUGAUUCAGGAGGCCAUUGACACCAUGCAGAGAGUUGCCUGGCACAUUAAUGACAUGAAGAGAAAACAUGAGCAUGCAGUGAGACUACAGGAGAUUCAAAGUUUGUUGACUAACUGGAAUGGGCCUGAUCUGAUUGGCUAUGGCGAGCUGGUUGUUGAGGGAACAUUUCGAAUCCAGAGAGCGAAAAAUGAGAGAACGCUCUUCCUGUUUGACAGACUGCUACUGAUAACCAAGAAACGAGAGGAUACUUACACCUACAAGGCCCACAUCCUGUGUUGUAACCUUAUGUUGGUGGAGGUAAUUCCUAAAGAACCUCUGAGCUUCAGUGUGUUUCACUAUAAGAACCCCAAACUUCAACACACUGUGCAGGCAAAGUCUCAACAGGACAAGAGAAUAUGGGUCCUGCAUCUGAAAAGGCUGAUCCUUGAAAAUCAUACAGCCAAAAUACCAGCCAAGGCUAAGCAGGCCAUUCUGGAGAUGGAUACUGCAAACCACCCAGGUUUUAACUUUAACUCUGAGGGUUACAAGAGAGAGGACACUAAAGAGGGCCCUUCACCAAGGAGAGUGCGCAGGAAGACCGAGCCAUUAGCAAAAUUACUGAAAAACUCCAAACACAUGAUAUCCAGCCCAGAUACACAGAAGCAUUCUAGUUUAGGAGUCGCCCUGCUGUCACCUGUGGCCCAUUUGGGUUCUAUUGGUCGAUCCCGUAGCCUUGUCAGCGAAUCACAGGAGUCACUGGACACUGGUGACCACAGUGAUUUAGAUGAAGGGCAUCCACAAGAUGCUGAUGAUGAAGAUGAUACUGGUGUGGGCUCUGGGGGCAAGCUGAGGGUGCCAGGGAAGAGCAGCCGUAAAAGGCUGAAUCAGCAAGUGUCCGUGGACAGCAUUGACCAGUGGAGAAACCACAACCUCACUCAUACAGAUCUCCAGACCACCAAACAGUCUCUACAAAAUGAGGCUGUCAAAAUGAACGCCCCUGUCCUACGGGUGACCGGUCCUCCUGAAACAGAGAACGCCGAACACACCUCUCACACGCUGGGAACAGGCAGGGAACAAUCUGUCCGCAACAUAUGGGCACACCAUCGAGUACGGAGGGCUAUGUUUCCUACUCGUCAAAAGUCUGUCCAAAUUGAUGAUGAUGAAGACAUCUAUCAGACGUUCCAGCCAACAGAGAAUGAUGUAAGCAGUCAUUAUGCAGAGAGUGACCAUGAAACUGCUGACCAUCCAGAGAGACCCUGUAGCUGGCAUAUUGAACAGACUCAGAAAUCGCAGCUAGACGUCCCCAUUAGUGGAGGCAGGGUAAUUCGUAGGGUCAGCAGUGUUGGAGAAAAACAGAGUGAGAGGCAAAGCCCUACCAAACGAGCCCUGCAAGAGGAAAAGACCAAUGCCCAGACUGAGUCUUCAAGCACUGAAAUCUCAGGAUCAUCUUCUGCCGAGCAGUUAACUAUUGACGAUAUUGAGAAUGUUUAUGACAACAUUAGUUAUGAAGAGCUUCAGGCCAUGGGGCUGAUUCGCAAGGAUGAAGUUGCAGAGAUUACAGAGGUCAAAUAUAGUAUAGGGCCACAAGUUAUAAUCAGUCCAACUGUAACUGGAAGUUCAUGUGAGAGCAACAGGUCCUCUGGCCAAGAGGGGGAGCAAUUUGAGACCUGCGAUCUGCAAAUUGUUGAGGAAGAAGAGAAUGUCUAUGACACCAUAGGUUUCCAGGAUCGCCCAGUCCUUUCAACUGAUGCUGAUCUAGGAAAAACAGACAGUCUGCAGACAUCGGAGAUAGAUCUCAUGGCUAGACAGAUUUUAGGAGGCUUUGUUUCUGAGGAAAGCCUUUGUCCUAGAAACAAUAUUGAAUUUGAUCGACCCCUUCCUCAGAUUCCGUCCACUCCAAUUUUAUACACGGAAACUUCUCAGCUUUCCACAGCCAAUAACACGUUAGAACAAGUGGAUGAAAUCUGGUCUGAUCUGGAAAACUACAUCCGGAACAAUGAAAAGAAACCAGAUAGACUUCCAGCAGCAUUUCCUGUAAGUGGAACGGACUCUACGUAUAAAACCCAUGACUCUCCACAAAAAGCACAAGACUCUCCAAGUAAAACAUACAGCUCCCCAAGUAAAGUCAACAGGUUGCAACAAAUGGCAAAUGACUCUCCAAGCAAAUUACCCUUAAACAUUUCUGCUCCACCUGGAUCACCUAUUCCAACUACAUUUAAACCCCCUCCAACUCUCCAUAUCCCCAUCCUCAACAUUCCAGACCUCCUUCCAGAAACAAGGUUAAAGGAAAAAGACCAUGAGGUGUCUACUUCUCCUACAGCACCUUCCCUUCCUUUGCCCCCCACCCCUGAGCCCCAACCUGGCACAGUGAAGAGUAUCCGCAACAAACUAGUGAGGUUAAGCAGUGGAAGCUUCCGGAUGGAUGAUGAGGACAUCCCUUCACCGAAGGGCUCAGAGCUUCAGACCUUGUUUAGUAGUUUGGAGCCUGGCUCCUCUAGUCUACUGCUGGGUGGGGAAGCUGGCGACCAGGUUCUUGAUCUUGGAGAGAGGGGAAAGAACAGAGUGUUCCUCAUGGCUAGGCAGUACAGUCAGAAGAUCAAAAAGGCCAACCAGUUACUGAAGAUGAAGAGCAUGGACCAUGAACCUAGUUGUGCCAAGCUAAGGCUUAAUAAACAGAAAGACCUGGCAGCCAUACUGGAGGAGAAUAAACAAGGUGGCACUGCUAUAGGUGCAAGAAUAGCAGAGUACUCUCAUUUGUAUGAGCAGGUGGUUUUUAAGGGUUCUCCAACAAUUCCUCAAGUACUGAAGUCCUCUGUCAGUAUUACAGGCCCCCAUCCACUUUUCCCCAACACCACCUCCUCCACUUCCCUAUCCGAUAGUGCUACCCAAGAGUCUGAUUGGUUGAACUGCACAUACAGUAAUGAGGAACUUGCUGAUUUUGUGUCCUGGCCAGCUGAAUCUGCAGUAUGCACUUCAGCUCAACAGAGAGGACUGACCUCUGCCAUUUCAACUCCUGCCUUGAUGAACCUCCCACCGGCUCUAAGUACUCCAUCCAAUCAGCGUUGGAGUGCCUGUGUGACACCAAGUAAAAGUAACACCGAUCACAUUUACUCUUCAAUAGGACCACGCAACACUAAAGUGUCACCUUACAAUUGCUGCCAGUCCUCGUCUUCAUUGAUAGAUCAAACUGCAAAAGAGAAUGGCAGUGAACAAUGUAAUAAGAUGUGGGAGCUUCACGGAAAAGAGUCAAUGAUGUACAUGUCUCGGCAGCACAGCCUUCCUGAGUGCCCUGUCCAGGUGACUUCUGACCUCUCAAUGCCAUGUGAUAUCACACUACAGGAUUCACAGCAAGUGGUGGUUCUGGGCAAAAAGGUGCCACUGAAUGCACAAAGUGCCACUGAGAAUUAUCUGGCCAACUUUAAAGACACUGGAGAUGAUGAUGACGAUUAUGUGGAGAUCCGUUCUGAAGAUGAGGGUGAAGAGCAAAAUCAAGAUACGCCCAUAGAGGCUCAGCUGCAUAGUUUGUCGGGAACCACAGUAAAGUACUGCAGCCAAUCUCAAAGCAGCAUUCAGACCCUUGGAAAGGGACAGCAGACCACCCCUGAGAUGGCUUUACAGGGAUAUCUGUGGAAUAAUCCGGACUGCAGCCAGCAGGGUGUAAAUCAGCCCAAAAUUGUCCAAUCACUGAGAGAAAAGUUCCAGUGUCUCAGUUCUAGCAGUUUUGCAUAAGAAGCUUGGAAAAUGGACAACAUGCCAUCUAAUUGAAAACCUUCCACAUGGAACAUGUUACAGAACUUAAAGACACAGUACAAAGUGUAUGUCUAUAUAUUUACAUUGUAAAGUACUUCACUGAAUUUGGCUCAUAUCUACACUUUAAUUUUGUUGCACAAAGUAGCUUUUACAUAUAUAAGCAGGACACUAUACAGAUUUAACUUUCAAAUAAUUUCCAUCACAUGCUGUAUAACAAAACUUUCUGCUUUAAGGUCAGAUCAUGAUUGUAAGUUCUACAGAACAUUGUAAGUUCAUUUUGAACAGGUUUCUCUCUUAAACAAUGUUUUUGCUUAACUUCUGGAUAUAAUAUUCUAGUACAUUUAUAUAAAUGUUUCCUUCAAGCAUUAAGAUAAAUAAAAAGCACAUGACCGAUGUUAAUUACAUUAUCUGGCAUAAUCUCAGUGUCAUAUGUAGACAGAAUCUUAAUAGGACAAUAACUCUUUACUUUUAUUGUGUAGAAAUAUGCCAUUAGUAUGGGUUGAGUAUAUUGGCUGGAACCAUGCUAGCAUCGCCAGUGACCAAUUGCAUGCCAUGUUUUCUUAAUGCCAGAAUGCAUAUCAGACUGGGAGGUCAUACUGUAAGUGUAUAGAGAAAAAUUGCUAUGUUGAUUAAGAUUUGAUAUUUGUUUGUUUUGGUUUGUAUAACAACAAAACAGCCACUACAAAAUGUAAUUGGCAAAAAGUGAGAAAAAUAUGAUUUUUUAAUGUCUUAUUUUAAGGUUCAUUUGGUUGUGUUCAUGGGACCAUGUUGGGCAAUGAGUUUGUGGUUUAAAAAUGUUUUUCAACAAAAGUUUGUUGUAAAUUUGGGUUCAAUAUUUUGUAUUUUCUUGUCAUAUUGCUUGUUUACAGUGUUUUAAAUAUUCAGCAUCAGCUGUGCCUAGCUUCUCUCCACCUACAUACAAAACACUGGUUGGCUCACAUAAUGUCUUUCAUCCCAAAUAUUUAGAGUUUAAUUUUUUUGUUUUUUGUGAUUAGAGAUUUUCAGUUGUAUUUAUUUCUGGGUAUUUCUGUUUUGUCUAAAAUGUUGAGAUGUCUGUUUCACUUUGAUGGAGCAAUAUUUAUUAAAUGUUUGAGUUGGUUGUUCAGUUGGUAUGGUUAGAAAAUAGGUUUAAUAGUGCUGUAAAUAUUUACAUUUUCUUUUUGCUUUUAUGGACACUGUUACCUUCUCAAAAUGUUACAUUGAAAGAAGAAAUUAUCAUUUAUAACCUGUGUAAAUAGGAAAAUUUGAAUCAAAGCUAUCAAUGAAGUAUGUUUAUAUGUUUGAUUUUAUUACGUUUAUGUUGUUGAUGUUGUUGGAUUUUUUUAUUGCACAUUUUGUUUUCUGUUUUUACUGGUGGGGACUGUUGUCUUAUGUUGGAAUUGUUUCUUUUGCACUUCAUUUUAAUAUUCUGUAAAGAUGUACAUUUUAAUGAAUAUUGCCAUUCUCCUGUUCUCAUUAUCUUAAGUUAAGUUUUUACUUUUUGUUUUUUCCUUGUUUUCUUUUUUAAUACCUGCCUAGUUGUAACUGGUUGAAGAUGUACUUUAGGCAACAAAUAAACCUUCAAU